AUGGCAACUCUGACACGGCGUUUGAAGGCAUUAACAACCAAAUCACCCAAUGAUGUAGUGAUUUUAUCAGCUGUUCGCAGUCCGAUUACACGAGCUUUCAAAGGCGGUUUCAAAGAUGCAUGGCCAGAGGAUAUUCUUGCCCCAAUGAUGGCCAAAGCAGCACGACGAGCCAAGAUUCAAUCCGGAGACGUUCAAGAUGUUCUGAUGGGGAAUGUUCUCGCGGAGCUAGGCUUUGCAAAAACUGGUAGAAUGGCGCUGUUACACGCAGGAUUUCCUACAUCAACGACAUUUCAUACCGUCAAUCGUCAGUGUUCGAGCAGUCUUCAGGCUCUAACUCAUAUGGCACAUGCUAUCCAAGCGGGUCAGAUUGAUGUCGCUCUAGCUGGAGGAGUCGAGAGCAUGUCGAAGAACUACCAAUCUCGAGGGAUACCCCAAGACGUGAGUCCAACGCUGCGUAACACCAAGGUCAAAGCAGCUUCUGACUGUCUCAUGCCUAUGGGUAUUACGUCGGAGAAUGUUGCGAGGAGAUAUGGAGUUGAUCGUAAGAUGCAGGAUGAGUACGCGCUGCUGAGUCAUACUCGUGCGAAUGAAGCUCUUGCUGCUGGUAGGUUUGAGGCGGAGAUUGUGCCGAUUGAGUAUACAGUAUACGACAACGAAACUGGGAAAACUUCACAAGUUCGAGUUGCUGCAGAUGACACUAUCCGGCCAAACGUGACUUUGGAGAAGUUGGCCAAACUUAAGCCAGCAUUUCUAGAGGACGGUGGUAGCACUGCUGGUAACUCGUCCCAAAUAUCCGACGGUGCAUCAGCAGCCAUCCUCGCUCGUCGCUCAUGGGCCACCGAGCGCGGCCUGAAACCAGUAGCGCGAUUCCUCGGAACCCAAGUCGCUGGCUGCGAACCCGAUGAAAUGGGCAUGGGACCAAUCUAUGCCAUACCACGACUCUAUAAAUAUGUGGGAAUAGGGCAGAAAGACGUUGACGUUAUCGAGCUCAAUGAAGCAUUUGCAAGUCAGACUCUGGCGUGCAUUAAUAAACUUGGGUUGGAUGUUGCUAAAGUUAAUCCGAAUGGUGGCGCUAUCGCUAUUGGACAUCCUACUGGAGCGACUGGGACGAGACAGCUUGCAACGCUGAUUGCUGAGCUUGGGAGACGGGAAAAGGAGGUUGGUGUUAUUAGCAUGUGUGCCAGUACUGGAAUCGGUGUUGCAUCCGCUAUAAUUGUGGAAUAGUUCAGUUAGACAAUUCAUUUGCCA